GGUGACGAAAGUGGUGGCGUGGCAAAUAAAAAUCACUUCCAGUUAUAAUCUCCUAAGACUGUACGCUUCUGGAGACAUCCUGGCUAACAGAAUACCUAUAUAGAGGUAAGAAAUGAACUAAUUUCUUAAAUGAACUAAGCUGGACCCACAGUGCUAUGCAAAUAGGCCUGGCCCCGCCCACACACUGGGUGGGCGUGACCUUCCUGGGAAGCCGGGAGCUGAACGGGCUCGGGAGCGCUCGGGUGCGUCCGACCUACGCCGGCGCCGCCUCGGUUCUCGCGGUGUCUGCCUGCAAUGGCGAGCGUGGUGUCGCUCGCGGGUUCGCUGGGGCUGCUACUUGUGUCAGCGCUGCCCGAGGUGCUCGGAGACCGCACCAGCCCCGACCACCGGGCACACCCAGGGGACGCCGCCCAGGUCGGCCCUGGGGCCACGGAAACCCGGCGGCGGCCGCCGCCGCCACCGCCCAAGAACCAGCGCGAGCGGGCCUGGGCCGGGGCACUGCCCUUGGGAGCGCUGUACACCGCAGCCGCCGUGGCUUUUGUGCUGUACAAGUGUUUACAGGGGAAAGAUGAGGCUACUUUUCUCCAGGAGGAGGCAGGCAAGAAGGAUUCACUGCAGUCAGAGCAACAGCUGGCCCAGCUGACACAACAGCUGGCCCAGACAGAACAACACCUGAACAGUCUGAUGGCCCAGCUGGAGCCCCUUUUUGAGCGUGUGACUACCCUGGCUGGAGCCCAGCAGGAGCUUUUGCACAUGAAGCUACAGGCCAUCCACCAGCUGCUACGAGAGAGCAAACCAAACAAGGGUGUGGAGGUUCCAGAACCAGAGGCCAGCACACCCUUUCCUGAGGACUUAUCUAUAGAGGAGGACGAGGAAGAGGCUGGUGACAGUCAGGCCUGGGAGGAGCCCCUAAACUGGAGCACAGGGACGAGGAACCUAGCUACUCCCAGGGAAAUGGAGCAGGGGCUAAGGAGAAGAUGCCGGAAGGCUGCAGCAAAGGGCCCCAGUCACAGCCCCCACCGGGAAGGAGGGACAACAGCUGACAGUUUAGUAAAACAGAGUCUGUUCUUGUGACUGGAUGAUCCUGUGUGCUUUUUCCAUUCCAGCUGGUCACACACACACACACACACACCCCCAUACUAGGUGCCUAAAAACAACUGGGCCUUCUUGAAAAGCUUCCCUUAUUAGGACAUAAAGAGGCUGUCUUCCAGUGCAGGAGCUGAGAAGACAGAGGGAGCUCCAGUCCUUCUCUUUGUAUUCCUGAGGCCGCCGUCAUGCCAGCCUUCAGGGCACAGAAACCCCUUUUCUCAUAUUGCAUAGCUGAGAUAAAAAGCUUCUCCAAAAAAGAAAAAACUUUACUAAAAUCCUGUGGGAAAAUAAAUUAUAGAAACUACAUACAACAUAAAAAUAGCUGGUUCAGCUGAGGUUCAGUUGGGUCAGGUUUGGUGUCCGGAUUCUCAAGAGCUGUUCAAACGACAUGGCGUGUCUUGGUCUCACGCAAACACAGAAUGACCCUUCUCAAACUGUGAAGAGUCUGUGUUUUGUUAGUACUGAAGAAGAUUCCUUUGUACUCCCGACUCUGAGGUAUCCUGGACUCGAAUUUGUAAGAUUCCUCUAGUUCUUCUGGCUGCUGUGGAGAGAAGAUAGUUCAGGCACUGGCAUGAGCACUCUAUUCUGACAAAACCACCCAGGGUGUUGGAUGGAGGAGUGGGGUGAGGGGUGCGAGUGAGUUCCAGACGUGAGAGAGGCCCCAAACUGCUGCCUCCAGCUCGUGGGCCUCACCACAGCACUCUUCUGAAGGAAAAUAACUUACCUGCUGGCCAAAGUCAGACUGCGGUACCAGUGCGACAGCUCCUCCUGGUCUGUGGACAUAAGCAGUAGCUUCUCGUGGGGAAAGGACAGCUAGGGAGAGACCACCUCUUAGCACAUGGCUCAGAAAUGUCCAGCCUUAAGCUAAAGGCCCUGCUGUUUCCAUUGAGGUAAUUUAGGGCUGAAGUGAGAACCAGGUAUGAACCCCAAGCCCUACUAUGCUCUCAAUGUAGGUGGCUCAGUUCCUGUGAGGGGGGCCCGGGCCUAGGAGAUGAAUGGUGCACAGGCACUUGAGGUAUAUUUUGGGCCUCUCCUACCUCACCUAGGGCUCUCGCCUGUUACUUACGCUGAGCAGUCCACCACAGGGGCCUCCUGAGUGGCCAAAGACCCUGUGGAGUUGACACUCAGCCAUGGGGUAGAGGGCCUGGCAAGCAAAGGUGCCACUCUGCAGCAGGUGCAAUGGAGGUCGAGGCUUGGCCAUGAGGAGUGCAUCAGAGAAGAGGAAGAACAUUCGGGGCCGAGGCUCCCCUCGGGGAGGCACCACCAGCAGCCAACCCUGGCGUAGGAACCAGCGACCUGGGGGAUGGGAGAGCUGUUAUUCUGGUGCAGCUUCAGGACUGUGAUGCACGGAAUAGAAGGAAAGGGAGGCUGACGAAAUGGGGGGUAUGUGCUGGCAAAAGAGAGGAUGGGGGGUAGGAAAAGGGUAGUUUGAGGAUUGAGGGGAAGCACACAGACUACCUGAGAUAAGCCCCUUUGCCUGCCGUCCACUGAGCAGAGCCUGGACACGCUGGAGGUGCUGGUCAUUCUUCUGUUUCUGACUGAUGGUGUGGACUCUCUGGGCAGUGUCACUUAUCCGCCGGGCAGCCCCUGGAAUAAUAUUCCAUGCCCCACUCCCAACACAACUUUGACUUUGGGUGAAUGGUGGUGGUGAAAGGCUAUUCCAGAGAGGACCAGGGUCAGAGUCUAACUUCUUAAAGAGUAUGUAGGGCAAUAGGAACAUUGUAUACAAGUCAUUGGAAGAUAGGGGCAUAUCAGACAUUGUUGGAGGUCAGAACCAGAAAUGGAUACAAGAGAAGCAGUCUCCAAGGACUGCUGUGGAGGAGCAAGAACAUACUUGUGAGCUGUUCAUGGUCAGGGCUGUUGGGACCUGUGUUUUCAGCCAAAGCAAUGGCAAGAUUCUCAUACCUGGAAUUAGACAGUUGGAAGUUACGAGGGGAAGUAGAGCUGGGCAAAAUUUCCUCUGCCUGACACACAGAUCACCCCCUGUACAAACUUCAGUUGCAAAGCCAGGAAAGACCUGCUUGUGGCUAUUUUAUCCCCCUCUUUCAUCUGAGACUCAGAACCUGGGUUCACACCACAUGGCCCUCUUCCAUUCCACAUUGAAGAGUCAGAGGGGCAGACUGACCAAGGUUCAGGAGGCCAGAUCCCAAGGUGAAAGUUAAUCAACUUAAGGAGGAUGCUACAGACAACUAAGUUCUUAACUCAUCCGCAGGGACAAAUUCUAAGCUAGGCGAGCCUUUCAUCUCCAGAAACCCUGUUGCUAACCUUAUUACAGGCCCCUCACUUCAGUGUAAGUUCCACAAUCCCAGCUAAGGGCCUGAGGCUGCACAGCCCAGGUACUCCAGUGGGUUCACAUUUACUCUUGCAAAAAAUUUUUGGGAGCAAUUUGUCCCAGGAGAGACACAGUGGGACAAAUCCCAUGGAAUCCCACAAAGCUGAGAGCAGCAAUCAUACAGACUCAGUAUUCCAAGAGAAGUUGGCUGUGUCAGGGUGAGUUCACUCACUGCUGGAGCCUCUGCAGAGGCAGAGGGAGCAGGUCCUGGAGCUGAAUGCCCCCAAACUCAGGGCGACCUUCCUGAAGUCGCACAAACCUCCGGAAACGUUUGUUCUUCUUUAAUUGCUCCUAGAGUGACGGGGAAAGAGUUGGCAGCAAGGAGAGAAGCCUCUCCUACUAUUGUAUUCUUCGGUGUACACAUCCCCAGCCCUCAGGAAGCUGUGUGCUCCUGAGAGAACCCCGUCUCCCUACAGGGAACUUAGUACAGAGCUGGACACCCACAGGGCUCUAUAAAUGCAGGAACAGUAUAAAUGAAGUUUGGGUCUGCAGAUGAAGAGGCAAUGUAUGGAGGAAGAGGGGAAGGAGGACUUGAGGUCAUCUUCAGGUUACCUGCAGGGUGGUCCGGGACCUCUCAGCGUUGGCAGCAAAUUGGGUGUAGAGCUCCAGGUGGGGGCAGAAGCCCUCCAGCCCCUGUCCCCAGCGCCCUCCUUCGAGGUAGGGAAGCAGCUCUCUGCGUAGGUCAGGACAAUAAAAGAGCAGCCCAAGAACUACUCAAGCACCACCUCUUUUAAUUCUCCUACCCCUGCCCCGGAGGUAGUGCUAUUACCCCAUUUUACGGGUGGAGAAUUGGGGCAGAUUAAGGCACUGGGCCAAGACCACAAGUGAGGUAACUGGCAGACUCCGAAUGUGAACCGGGGUCGCUCCGACUCUGAGCUCCGUGCACUGCCAGAGGCCAGAGCUCUCCCUCCUUUCUCUUCCCACGCCCCUUCUACUCACUGGCUGGCGCCGUAAAUGAGCUCCCAGGGCCCAAACAGGGCCUGGCGCUCUGGUGGUCGCAGGGUGCCCUUGGCUCUCAGAAUCCCCACGAAGUACUGCGGAAGGAGAGAAUACCGGCAUGCAGUCCGCAGAAACAUGAAGCCAGUGCCAAGGCGCCGCUAGAAACUGUAAGUCGGCCUGAGGUCCCUACGUGCAGGCGUCCAGGUCAGGACCCACGGUACCCCAGUCAGGGUCACCGACCUCGUAGGGGCCCUCUCACACCCAGGGGUCCCCGCCCCUACGGAAGGGUGUGCGGGCCCCGCACCGUGGCCACCAGCCCCAGCUGUUCCUGGUAGCGCCGCUCGGUCUCCAGCAGCUCCCGGGCAGUGCAGGCGCGUUUCCGCUCCCAACGGGCACGCUGCUCUUGCACCGGGCACCGUACGCUGGGGCCCGGGCUUUCCAUGCCGGACUGGAGGGUCGGUACUCCCAGCCGCAGCCCGCCGGAGAUUCAAAUCCCAACGGCUCAGAGGGCGGGGCCGUGGGGGCGGGGCCUUGGAGGGGAGCGCGCCCUCUGGCGCCUAGAGGCUGCGCGCAGGACGGAGCAUGCGCAGCUGCCAGCUGAACCGCAUCAGGUCACCGCCAGGGCGGCGCUGCCGGUGUGCGGCACCUUUCGGGGCAGGGCAGGUUGGGGCAAGUGGGUGGCCCUCCUUUGAGUAGCACUAAGUUGGGGCAGCAGCGUGGACUUUGAGUCAGGAGAGUUGGGCGUUUAGACACGGGCAGGGUCGCAGUGCCCCACCUGUAGAAUUAAGAUUCUGUCCUGGGCCCAUGCCAGACACCGGGGUCCAGUUGUCCCCAAUGCUUUUAUUACUAGGAAUCCUCACGGCUCACCAGGUUUUGAAUAUUUUGGCCCCCGGAAAAGUUGAUAGGCUUUAAGUCACUAACUUGCUUUCUCUUUCCAUACUGAUCCAAAACCUGAUAGCCAGUUAGCUUCCGGUCAGCAAGUGUCAAUAACUAACAUGGUGGGUCGGAAUUGCUGUAAUUCUGGCCAAAAGCUUAGAGUUGAUGAGUCUGUGUUACCUAGUCCAGAGAUAAAAUGUACCAGAUUUUCUUUACUUACUUAGGUCUUUUUGAAAACUGGCAAUAGCCUUGGAGGGUAAAUUAGCAGUGCCAUUUUGUCAGUAUGCAUGAGAUAUCUUAAAAUGUGCCUACUCUUCUAACCCAGCAAUUCCACUUCUAGGAAUGCAUCCUAAAAAAUAGAUAUGUGGACAAAAACAUAUGUACUAGGAUGGGUGGCAAGAUGUUGUAACAACAGAAAACUGGAAAUCACUUAAAUGCCCAAUGGUAGAGAAUUGGCUGGGAAAAUUAUGGUAGAGCCAUUUGAAGAAUAAUAUGAAAGCAUUAAUGAUGUAAAAAAGCUAUCAAUAUGGGAAAACACAUAGUGUAUUGACGAGAGAAAAAAAGCAGGCCAUAAAACUGUGUACAAUAUGAUCUUAUUUAGGUAGUAUAACAUAUCUAUGACUGGAAGGAUAAACAAUCGAAAGGUGAUUGUGGCUUUUAUCUCUGGGUGAUGGGAUCAAAGAUAAUUCAUUCAACAAAUAUUUAUUACGCACCAAAUCUGUUCCAGGCACUGGCCCACUGAGGGGGUGAAUGGGAUAAAUAGGGUGACUUUUAAAAUUCCCUUAUACUUUUCUGCUUUUUCCAAGUUUUCUGCUUGAGCAUGCGUGCAUUACUUUGUAAUUAGAAAAAAAUGCUAUUAAAAAGCAAAAUGUUAGAAACUUUAGACCCUAUUCCUACCACUGAGGACUCCUAAGAAUCUGGGCCCGAAGCCAAGAACCAGGGUAUUGUCAGGAUUCUGAGGCCGCCUCUAGCUCUCUGACAUUCUAAGUAUGCUGAGGAAGGAGAAAUGCUGGCCUUAGAUCAGGGAAAAACUUGAAGGGCUCGAUGGAGGCAAGAGAGAGUUUGGGUCAGACUGUACCUUGGACAGGUCACAGGGGAACUGGUGAUGCCACAUAGGUAGAGGACUGGCUACACUGUCUCAGGUGAAUGUGGGACAGUCCACACUAAGAGCUCAAGCGUGGAAGGGGGCAGAUAAUCUCAUGACAAUUGGUAUCACCAUGAGCCCAGGUAAUGGGAACAGAGCACACUCCCAGGGCGCAGUCAGUGAUGGGUGUGUUUGGGUAUCCUGCCAGUGUGCGAACGUGCUUUAGGUGGAUGGAAGAGGACAGGGGAAUAGAGCCUGCUGUGAGCUCAGGUUGGGAAGUCACUCAACUUUUGAGGAAGAAGAGGGCAAAGCUGAGCAAGACACAGUGAGGACACUUGGAGACAACUGAUUCCCUGGGGACCCAGUGUCCCACAGAGCAAGUCAGGCACACCAUAUUCUGCCCGCAGCUCUCCCCUAAAGCCAAAGGAAAGAGGGGCCAGGGAAGACGGUUAAGAAUCCGCCUGCCAAUGCAGGGGACACGGGUUCGAGCCCUCGUCUGGGAAGAGCCCACAUGCUGUGGAGCAACUAAGCCCAUGCGCCACAACUACUGAGCCUGUGCUGUAGAGCCCCUGAGCCACAACUACUGAAGCCCGCGCGCCUAGAGCCCGUGCUCCACAAUAAGAGAAGUCACCGCAAUAAGAAGCCCUCAUAUUGCAGUGAAGAGUAGCCCCCCACUCAAUACAAUUAGAGAAAGCCUGCGCGCAGCAGCAGCAAAGACCCAACGCAGCCAUAAAUUAAUUAAUUAAUUUAAAAAAAUAAAUUUAGGGCUUCCCUGGUGGCGCAGUGGUUGAGAGUCCGCCUGCUGAUUCAGGGGACACGGGUUCGUGCCCCAGUCCGGGAAGAUCCGACAUGCCGCAGAGCGGCUAGGCCCGUGAGCCAUGGCCGCUGAGCCUGCGCGUCCGGAGCCUGUGCUCCGCAACGGGAGAGGCCACAACAGUGAGAGGCCCGCGUACCGCAAAUAAAUAAAUAAAUAAAUUUUAAAAAUAAAAAUAAUUGGGGGGGUGGAAUUCCCUGGCAGUCCAGUGGUUAGGACUCGGUGCUUUCACUGCUGGGGGCCCAGGUUCAAUCCCUGGUCAGGGAACUAAGAUCCCGCAAUCCACGUAGCUCGGCCAAAAAAAAUUUUAUUUCCUCUGUCCUUUAAUUACCCUCAACCUCUGCUUUCAACUCACUGGAGAAGCCCUAGGGAUGCUUUGAAUAAUAAUUACCAGUCAUUCUACAAAAAUUAAAUGCCUCUCACGCACCAGGUCUUAUGCCAGGCAUGGAGAUGAAAUGGGGGACAAGAGAAAUGUGACCCCUGCCCUUAUGAAUGCUUUUAAUCCAGCAUGACACACAUGGUAAGGAGUCACCAUAAAGUGAGAUACACGUUACAAAGGAAAUAUAGGCUUCUAUGCAUGCAGGAGUGAAGGGACUGGCCCUAGCCUAGGAGUCAGGGAGGCUUCUUGGAGGAAGUGACAUGUGAACUGAAGGAUGCCAGGAGGAUAAACAAAACAAAACCUGGCUAGGCAGGGCCGGCAUUGUGGGUGCGGUGGACAGAGAGACAAAUAGCAUGGACAAAGGCUCGGAGAUAAAACACACAUGCACACGCAUGCAAUGCAUUCAAGGAACUGCUAUAAGUUUAAUAAGACUAGAGCACAGAUUGCAAAGGAAAGUGUGAUGAGAAAGGAAACUGGAGAGGUAGACACAGGCCAAACCAUAGAGGGAAUUUAUAUCAGUAAGACUGUGUCACAAGUAAUCGUAAAUCAAAGUGGCUAAACAAUAAGAUAAGAUAAUUUAUCAGCUCAUGCAACUGAAAAGUCCAGAU